CGAACAAACUUAAUGUUGCCCAAGACAGGAAGUUGUGAUGACGUAAGAGAAGGCGGGAACAUUAUCACCCACGAAUUCCGGUUAGCCUCAAGACGCUAAAAGAAGCUAACACUGCUAGCCUCAUAAAGCAGGUCGUACUUUGAGGUUGUACAAUGUUAAUCUGCACUCCCUCAGCGUGCUUUAAGGUGUUUAAUGAUCCCCAACAGUUGGAUUUUGCUAUAAGACAAGCGUACAACUAAAGUGAUGACCUUCAUUUCAUCUGUAUUACAAAUAUACACAUUGUUUUGGAAAACGACAGAAUAAUGUGAACGGGCAAGCUAGCAAUAGCGUUUGCUCAAGUGAGGGAUUUACCUUCAAAUCACGAUUAAUUCCACUCAUACAUCAUAGCACACACACGGACAGCUAGAAAAUGAGUAGCUCCAUGCGUGCGUCAUAGCACACUGCCAUCAAGAGGCCAAGGCGCGUAGAGCAGGAACAGGACUAUUGAAAAAGACGCUUCUCUUCCUGACUUACAGUUUAUCAGUCUCUGUUCUCCCUUUCCAAGUUGGUAGUGAAGGCUGGGACGGGCAGUUCCAACCAUGAAAGUAUUGCUGCUGGACUGGGAUGCGGUGGGAGCUCAGGCAGGUUUGUGUGAUACCAAAAUGGGAGAGGUGAAGUUGCUGGGUUCUGGAUCCACGCACGAGCGCUGGUCCCGAUCGAUAUCAGCCUUCGGGCGACGAGGCUGCGGGUUGUAUCAGGGUUAGGAGUGCUGUGUUGCCGUUUGACCUCUCUGCUGAGGUAACACUGGGAUGGAGAGCUCGUCCGCAUCCUCGUCGUGGCGCAUACUGGACUACAGUAGAACCUCAUUUGAGAGGCUUGUGAUGACUGUGAAGUGAAACUCUGCACUCACCUUUUGAUGACAAGAGACAACUGUGUAGAUAGAGAUGACUACUUUAUCUUGCAAGAGGCAACCCUUCACAUUAAGACUGCUGAAAUCCACUGCUUGUCUAUGUAAAAUCAUGGGGAUGUCAAAAGAAAUCUGUUUCAUCCUUGGGUGCAAUUACCAGAUGCCUGAAGGUGCCAAUGUGCAGAGGUGCUGAAACAAUUAUACGCAACUAUAAAAACCUUGGGAAUGUCCACCCAUCGUACCACACAGGAAGGAUGGGUUGAUGUGUCCAUGAGAUGAGCAGGGUUUGGUCUGUAAAGUUCAUAUCUGUCAUGGUCCAGGGCUGGACCUGUCCCAGCAUACCGGCGCUGAUCAGGAGGCACACACCUGCGCCUCAUCCUCGUUGAUUAACUCCUGUAUUUAAAGGACUCAGGGGGUGACUGGUCUUCGCCAGAUCGUCGCAACUCAUGCCCCGUUCCUGCACUCCCGUAUUCUUGAUCGUAUGCCGACCUCCACUUGUCCUCCAACCGACCCCGUAACCUUGACGUCUUUGAUACUCCAGCCUUCUCUGAUUGAUCUCCCAUGUACCAACCCCUGCCUGCCGCGGACCUGCUCUCUACGCCCGACGUCCUGACUACCGCUGGUCCACUUGACUGUCUGCCUGAUCCCCGACUUUGGACCGAAUCAACACUUUUCCGAAACUGCCUCUGCGUCUCCGGAGUCCUGGAUUUGGGUCCUCCUCCGUACCGAUGGGUCGUGACAAUAGCAACCCAAAAACAAGAGCAAAGACCUUGUGAAGAUGCUAGUGAAGCUAGUACAUCAUUAACCGCUAGCGAUAUGGUAGCCAUUUCUUAAAUUAUUUCAUUAUAUAAAGUAUUUAAACUAUUCAUGUAUUUGUACUAUGCAGUUUAUCAUCAGGAAAAGCUAAAAAAAAAAAAAGACUUAAAAAUCCAUUUUUUAAAGGCUUGGAACGCAUUAUUUCCUUUUCCAUGAACUGUAAGGGGAAAUAUCGAUUUGGUUUCCGAACAAAUCACUUCUCGAAAAGCCUUCUGGAACGGAUUGUGGUCGAGAACCGAGGUCGUACUGUAUUGGUGUUUCUUAGUGCUUCUUACUGUGUAGCGUAGAUUAUAGUGACAUUGCUUGAUUACUGUACUUAGUUACUUUUGCAGUUACCGGGCGGGCGUUGCACAGUCUCAAAUAAAAGGCCUCACCACAUUGAAACCGUUUGUUCUGGUCUGCUCUGUUCGAGGAUCAGAUGGUGCCGUUGUCUUUUAUUUCACUUGCACGCAGAUUCACUGUCAUGGCAACCAUCGGCGUAGCAACCUCGCCUUCCCCAUAAGACAGCUGUCAGGAGAAAGAUGACGGGAUCGGAUAGAACACGGCAGCCCCCCCGUCGGCUUUGAAAGAGCUCAACCGAGGAACAAUGCAUCAAAGCGCCGCAACAACUUGGAUUCCGUUCCUUUGAAGAAGGCUAAAAGAUCAGCGUCUCCUGGGAAAUAAGAAGCCGGUCGAUCACAUUUGAAUGACGGCGGAUGAUGACGGGCGGCGUUUCUCUACCGCGUGAGGACCGCGAUUGCGGGCGUUUCCGGCCCGACGCCUUCGACCCGUCUCGAUGCGGCGCCCGCCUGCGGCCACGUCCUGCGCCGGCAGAUGCUUCGCAAGAGCGGGAAUUGGGUGACGAUGCGCAAGUCUUGUCCGAGGUGGACUCAAGCGCCAGCAGUGAUGACGUCAGAGAUGCUUGGCCCUACGAGUGGAGUCUCGUCCGGAGUUUGAGUCCUGAGUGGGAACUUGAUACCUGUGACACUGACACACAAUCUAGCGCUACAAAUAAUCCAGACGGUCCGCAGGGGAGCGUCUCCCCGAGUCCAGAAACUACUUGCGCGGCCCUUGGAGAUAUGACCCGGAUGGACUCUCCUCCUCUUCGCAGUGUUGGGAGUCCUUGGAUGGACGAGAGGACAGGCAGGGGCAGAUCCCGAACUUCAGUUUCAGAGUCCAGAGGUGUCAGGGAACAAGAGAGUGGCUACUUCUCUCGUGAUCGAAGAAAUGACGGCAAACAUCCGAUGGAGGGCACCAACAAAAGCUCUUAUCGUCAUUACGAGAGGGGUCACCCGCUCCCCACCAACUAUGUUCCUGAGCCCAAAGCCACGGUACCGUACAGGAACGUCAAUCUCGGUAUUCCGUCCCAGAGAAGAAACCCCGAAACUUACAUGCAGGACACUUGGAGAAGUGAAUCCCCUCAGAGAUAUUCCUACCACUCCAAUUUUAGAAGGGGGACUGAGUCCUUGAGGAAUUCCCCAACGCGCCACAGUUCCGUCAGCCCGGUGAGACACAAGAGGUCGGACCACCGAAUCCGCACCCUCUCCAGAAGUGAGACUGGAUCUCACGGCUCUUCUCACCUUCCCUCACGUGGACCCUCUCAGCAUACAUCGAGCAGGUCCAGUCCGUCACGUAGACGGGGUUCCUUCGCCUCUCGGACGGCGUCACCGUCUCGACGAAUGCCUUCUCACAAGCGCACGGACUCCUUCUUUUCACAAAGCGGAAGCUAUGACGCACAGAGAGGAUGCAGCCGAGAUUCGAAAAGCCAAUCGCAAGCUUCCAACAAGCAUAGUUUGGAUUCUGAAAGACUCUACAGGAAUCUGGAGUACAUCUCCCGCCACGCCUCGUCCUCCCAAAGCGCUUCUCGGACCAGAGAAGUGUCUCCAUCCGGAAACGGAGCACACAGACCAGAGUCCAGAGACAGCAGACGGAGCCCCUCGCCGGGCUCCUGGCGGGGAUCCUCCCAGUCUGUACUCAGCAUCCCCAUCUCGUCCGGGUCUCCUUCUUCGGGGCAUGCCGCGGAUCUCCGGGGCCCCGACGCCGCGUCACCGCCGCGCGUUGCGACCGUGGAAACGGAAGCGUUCACAUGCAAGGAUACUACGAUCGGUUUUGAUAGAAGCAGGAGUUGUGUGAGGAGAGGCAUGGAGGCCUUGCUCCUUCCUGAACCCGAGAGGGCUGCACGAGCGCAGGAGGAGGUGGGGAUGACGAUGGAAGACUACAUCGUACUCGCAGACAUUCCGACAAUCCAGGUGGAGUCCGAGGAAGACUUUCCCGGUCCGAGGAGGAGAGACCAGAGUCCCAGUCCUUGUAGGGACCAAAGAUUCCGGACCCAAAAUCAUCAACCUCAGGCCGACUUCUCCAGUUGCAAGCUUGAGUUGGAUGACAGAGGCAGAGGCAGAGAACGAGGGAGAGACAGGAGAGAGAAGAAGGACUCGGAAAAUGCUCCAUUAUCGCGAAGACCGUCGACAGCGUCCCUCCCGUUUCAGAGUUCAGACAAGCCAAGCGGGGAGCAUAAAAGUGCAAAAGUGACGGAGCGAGGGCUUCCCGACUGUCCACAGACAAAGGUGAAGCGCCUGCAUCUGCAUGCCGCCGCUUUGAAGGGGUGGAUGUCUCGACUGGAUGAGAACGACAAGUGGAGCGAGCACUGGUUUGUUCUGAGUGGCGCGUCGCUAAAGUAUUACACGGACCCCGAGGCUGAGGAGUCAGAUCAUGCGGACGGCGAGAUCGACCUGACCACUUGUUUCGCCGUGUCAGACUGGGACGUGGAAAACGACUCCGGCCUCCGGAUCCAAACAAAGAGGGCAGUGUUCACUCUCUCUGCAGUGACCUCUGGAUUGCGGCGGAACUGGGUGACGUCGCUGAGGCAGGCCAUCGAGAACAACAAGCACCAAUCAGAAGGCGCCAGCGAGAAAGAGGAGCCCCUCUCCCGCGGCCCGUCGUCACGCCAACCAGCCGCUGGCUUCACCCGCUCCGACUUUGAGCCCGCGCGUUCCGAAGGCCGACACCCGGCGGCGCCCGCGGAGGUGAGCUCGGGCCCGGACGGAAAGGACGAACGGGAAGAGGGUCGGGACCGCGAUUGGGCGAAGCGACUGGAGGAGAGGAACAAAUGGUUUGAGGACGCUGUGCCCUUCGGCGAGAUGGGCAGCAGGUGGGACUGCGUAGAGUUGAAGAGGGGGAGCGUCGCCGUGCCUGUCAUUGACGCCACCGACUCAGAGGUCAGCAGGAAGUGGACAGAAUUCGAGAGGCUGUCAUUUAGGGACGUGAGCCCAGAGUCACUCGGCAGAGCCCAGGCCUAUCAAACCAUCUCCGAUUCCCACGUUGGCACCCAGAUCCGUCAGUCAAGCCCUGACGAGGACGGAGCGUUUGUCACCCGUUCACCAACCGGCGCCGCAAAGGACGUCGCCGCAACUGUCAACGGGGCGCCCGCUGCGCUAAUAAACACGGCCAAAACCCUUCCAAAGGAGGCUUUGUCCCUUAAAAAGCAAAUGGAGAGCGUUGAGCGAGAGUGCGCACCCGUGGCGAUAAAAGCGGACAGCCCGUGCGGACCCGGGGCCCCCCGCCGGGCCCGGCUCGAGGCCAUGGAAGCGGCCCAUCGGAAAGAAGUGCUGGAGCUGCGGGAGAGACACGAGCGGGAGAUCAGCCGGUUGGAGGGACAAAGAGACGAGAUGCUGGAGGAGGAGCGGCGAUCUUUUGCUAAAGUUCUCGAGGCGCUGAGAGCAGGCCACAGAGAAGAGCUGCAGAAGGCCAGAAGCCCGCCUGGGGGGGAACCGCACACGGAAGCGUCUCAUCCGGCGCAUAUGCCGCCGGUUGACACGUGCCGCCGCCAUUUGGACGCCUUAUCUGAACGUUUCUCCGAGAAAUGCCGGCAGUUGACCCUCGCUGAGCGGAGCGGCCGAAGAAAAGAAAGUGAUCUCGAAUGCAAAGAGAGAGAGUUGAGACAGCUUUGGAGAGAGAACCAGGAGCUUAAAGCCAAGCUGGCAGAAGAGAUUAGCCGCAUGCGUUAUUUCAUCACGGGACAGAGGCCAGACGCGCUUUACCUCGGCGACGUGGCGUCAGAAGUUGAGACGCUGCUAAGAGCCAAAGAAAAUGAGGUCCAGUCUCUCAAGAAGGAGCUCAGCUGCUUACAGAGUCAAGUCCAGUCCCUCACCGAGGAGAAGGAGGCAGCGUAUGAGCGCUACAAGGAGGUUUACGUCGAGUUAAGUGACUUGAAGGGCCGAAGCAGGUUGGAGAUGGUUUCUCUCAGCGAACAUUUGAGAUUGGUUAACGCCGCACGACGGGAGAGCGCAGGGGGGAGCCUGUGACCAAUGAAGAAAACGA